CUCUGUAAUGGCAGAGCCAAUAGUUACAUUCCUUUAUGCUUCUCAGAUGGGGAAUUCAGAGGAUAUAUCCAUGAACUUGUACACCACUGCGAAGGAGAAAGGAUACACAGUGGAGAGAUAUCAAUUUGACGACCAUUUAGAAAGCUUUGAUCUCACAGAUAUCACCACUAAAAGAGUUGUGGUAAUAGUCUGCUCUUCGACAGGGGAUGGGGAUUGCCCAGAUAAUGGGAGCAAUUUUUAUAAAUACCUACAGAGACAUAGCAAAACUGCUCAGGAGGAGGACGGGCUUGGGAAUAAGAUCUUCCGUCACUUACAUUACACUAUUCUUGGUCUUGGAAAUUCAGGUUAUUCUUCUUUCCAGAAAUCUCCGAUAACAGUCAACUCAUGAUUUGAAGAACUUGGAGCAACACUUUUUCAUUACUUUGCAAGAGCAGAUGAGGUCGAGGGCCUUGAAACCGAGAUAGAUCCAUGGAUUAAAGGAUUAUGGGACUCCUUAGCAGAAACAGUUGAAAAAGUAAAGAAUGAAGCAAUCGUUAGUCCUGAGGAAGUAAAGCAAUCUGAAGAGUCAAAGGACUUGUCUGAUGAAGAUGAAGACGUCUUUGAGAGAGUUACAAUUUGUUCCAAGUCAUACGAGUCAGAGGAGUAUAAUAAAGUCAUUAAGCUUGAGUUAGAGCUUGAAAGAACUAUCUCUGAAUCAGAUAAUAUCCAGCCAGGAUCCUAUAUUUCUAUUAUUCCAAAGAAUAGCAUUGAAAGUGUGAAGUCGUUUAUCAGUGUCUGAAAAUGGGAUGAAACUCCGCACUUAAUAAAUAGACUUACAACUGAGUUAGACUUCUUAAGCCAUGUUAAUCAGAAAGCUCUUAAAUCAGUAUUAGGAGAUUCGGAGUAUUUACAAGAAGGAUCAGAAUUCAAUUACUUAGAUUUCUUCACAUUCAUUAAUCCUGAAAAAUCAGUGAAUACAGAUAUUCUUGAAAUUAUUCCAAAAAUGAAAUCAAGAUUUUACUCAAUAGCUUCAGACUCUAUUGAUACUAACAAACUUGAAAUCUGUUUUAAAGUAGAGAGUUAUCAGCAAGAAGAUAUCUUUCAGAAAGGACAUACCAUCACUAAGCAAGGAGUCUGCUCCAGUUACUUGCAUAGGCUAUCUGAGGAAGAUAAAGUCGAGUUUGAAGUCAAGAUUUGUAAGAAGUCCUUAUUCAACACAACCAAGAAAGAAUUAAAAUAUCAACCACCGCUGAUCUUCAUUUGCCAAGGAACAGCAGUCGUCCCCUUAAUUGGUGUCCUUCGAAGAAUAAAGAGAAUGCUUGAUACUAAAGAAAUAAAAGGCCUAGGUAACAUAGAUUUCUACUAUGGAAUCAAAAAUCAAGCUCAUGACUAUCUCUACAAAGAGGAGAUAGAGGCUCUAUUUGAACAUUUUGCCAGUACUAAUCCUUAUGCUUCCUUUAAAACUCAUAUUUCAGAGUCAAUGCCAAGCGACCCAGCAGAUAAGAAAUAUGUAGAUGAUAUCAUUAACCAAGAUAAUGAAGAUCUUGAAUACAAAAUACUUGUUAAGAAGGGAACUGUCUACUUCUGCUGUGAUGAAAAUAAAACAGCUAAAGCAGUUGAAAAUAUUCUUGAAGAAAUUGUUGGGAGCUCCAAGCAACUUGGCAAAAUCUUUAAGGAUGGCAGGUAUAAGAAGGAAGUAUGGACCCGAGCUUAAUUACAUUGAAGAUGUUCUUAAAAUAUUAAUG